GGCAACAAAAUCUCAUUCAUUUUUCAGCUCUCUUUCUUUCUCUUUUCUCCUCUCUGUCUUUCAAUGGAGGACGAGGAGGCCUAGAAGAAUAUAGGUCUCUCUCACAGAAAAUAGAAAGAAAGGGGAGCUCUAUCCUGGCCUUUAUAUAGAAAAAAUAAAGAAAACCCAGAACAGAGACCUCGCCAUCUUUCAUCAUGGCCUCCGAACACCUCUCCUUGGAAGAUGUCAGGAACGAGACUGUUGAUCUUGAACGAAUACCAAUUGAGGAAGUUUUUGAGGAGCUGAAAUGUUCAAGAGAGGGUUUGACAGACGAGGAAGGCCAGAAGAGGCUACAAAUCUUUGGCCCGAACAAACUUGAGGAGAAAAAGGAGAGUAAACUCCUCAAGUUCUUGGGCUUUAUGUGGAAUCCCCUUUCAUGGGUCAUGGAGUCUGCUGCUAUCAUGGCCAUUGCUCUGGCCAAUGGAGGGGGCAAGCCACCGGACUGGCAGGACUUCCUUGGUAUUGUUGUGUUGCUUGUCAUCAACUCAACGAUCAGCUUCAUUGAAGAAAAUAACGCAGGCAAUGCUGCGGCUGCUCUGAUGGCAGGCCUUGCGCCCAAAACCAAGGUGUUGAGGGAUGGAAAGUGGAGUGAGCAAGAUGCAGCAAUGCUGGUACCAGGAGAUUUGAUCAGCAUCAAGUUGGGAGAUAUCGUCCCAGCUGAUGCCCGUCUCCUGGAGGGUGAUCCACUGAAAAUCGACCAGUCUGCUCUCACCGGUGAAUCCCUGCCAGUCUCCAAGAACCCUGGCGAUGAGGUCUUCUCCGGUUCCACCUGCAAACAAGGAGAGAUUGAGGCAGUUGUUAUCGCCACUGGUGUCCACACCUUCUUUGGCAAGGCCGCUCACCUUGUGGAUAGCACCAACCAAGUUGGUCACUUCCAAAAGGUGUUGACAGCCAUUGGUAAUUUCUGUAUCUGCUCUAUUGCGGUGGGCAUGGUGAUUGAGAUUGUGGUGAUGUACCCAAUCCAACGCAGGCCAUACAGAGAGGGUAUUGACAACCUGUUGGUACUUCUCAUUGGAGGCAUUCCAAUUGCCAUGCCAACGGUCUUGUCCGUGACUAUGGCUAUCGGGUCUCACCGCCUGGCACAACAAGGUGCCAUCACCAAGAGGAUGACAGCCAUUGAGGAGAUGGCAGGGAUGGAUGUCCUCUGCAGUGACAAGACUGGGACUCUCACUCUCAACAAGCUUAGUGUUGACAAGAACAUGAUUGAGGUGUUUGUAAAGGAUUUGGAUAAGGACAAUGUAGUCUUGCUGGCUGCUAGGGCUUCCAGGGUUGAAAACCAGGAUGCCAUUGAUACCUCGAUUGUUGGGAUGUUGGGUGACCCCAAGGAGGCAAGAGCAGGGAUCACUGAGGUGCAUUUCUUGCCCUUCAAUCCUGUGGAUAAGCGCACUGCAAUCACAUAUAUUGACAAUGAUGGCAACUGGCACCGAAGCAGCAAAGGUGCUCCUGAACAAAUUCUUGAGCUUUGUGAGGUAAAGGGGGAUAUGAAGAAGAAGGCACAUGAGAUCAUCGACAACUUUGCUGACCGUGGUCUUCGUUCUUUGGGAGUUGCUCGACAGACUGUUCCAGAGAAGACCAAGGAGAGUGCUGGAGGGCCUUGGGAGUUCCUGGGUCUCUUGCCCCUCUUUGACCCUCCAAGGCAUGAUAGUGCAGAGACCAUCCGCCGUGCUCUUGAACUUGGCGUCAAUGUUAAGAUGAUCACUGGUGAUCAGCUUGCCAUUGGAAAAGAGACCGGUCGCAGGCUUGGCAUGGGCACCAACAUGUAUCCCUCUUCCUCCCUCCUUGGUCAGAGCAAGGAUGAGUCUCUCGCUUCCAUUCCUGUUGAUGAGCUCAUUGAAAAGGCUGAUGGAUUUGCCGGUGUUUUCCCGGAGCACAAGUAUGAGAUUGUUAAGAGGCUGCAGGAAUUGAAACACAUCUGUGGAAUGACUGGAGAUGGUGUCAAUGAUGCACCGGCACUCAAGAAGGCAGACAUUGGCAUUGCAGUGGCUGAUGCUACCGAUGCAGCCAGGAGUGCAUCAGACAUUGUCUUGACGGAGCCAGGUUUGAGUGUGAUUGUGAGCGCUGUGUUGACAAGCAGGGCCAUCUUCCAGAGGAUGAAGAACUACACAAUCUAUGCUGUUUCCAUCACAAUCCGUAUUGUAUUGGGAUUCUUGCUUGUUGCUCUCAUCUGGAAGUUUGACUUCUCACCUUUCAUGGUCCUGAUCAUUGCCAUUUUGAAUGAUGGAACCAUCAUGACCAUCUCUAAGGACAGAGUGAAGCCAUCUCCUGUGCCUGACUCAUGGAAACUCAAGGAAAUCUUUGCCACUGGGGUUGUCCUCGGCACCUACAUGGCCAUCAUGACUGUGGUGUUCUUCUAUCUUGCAUAUAGCACUGACUUCUUCUCAGAAAAUUUUGGCGUGAGGCAUAUCGGUAAGAACAUGGAAGAGCUUAACUCAGCUCUCUACCUUCAAGUGAGCAUUAUUAGUCAAGCACUCAUCUUCGUGACCAGGUCAAGGAGCUGGUCCUUCGUUGAACGCCCUGGUCUCUUGCUUCUUGCUGCCUUCAUUGCAGCACAAUUGGUGGCCACCCUCAUUGCUGUGUAUGCACACUGGGGCUUCGCCAGGAUCAAUGGCAUUGGGUGGGGAUGGGCAGGAGUGAUCUGGCUCUACAGCAUCAUUACCUACAUUCCUCUCGAUGUCAUCAAGUUCGCCAUUCGGUAUGCAUUAACAGGCAAGGCCUGGAACAACAUGCUCCAAAACAAGACUGCUUUCACAACAAAGAAGGACUAUGGGAAGGGUGAGAGGGAGGCACAAUGGGCCAUGGCUCAACGUACAAUGCAUGGUCUCCAGCCACCAGAAACCCUGUUUAAUGACAAAAACAACUACCGGGAGCUGUCCGAGAUUGCUGAGCAGGCCAAGAGGCGUGCUGAAGUUGCCAGGCUCAGGGAGCUGCACACGCUCAAGGGACAUGUUGAAUCGGUGGUGAAGCUGAAGGGCCUGGACAUUGAAACCAUCCAACAGCACUACACAGUUUAAAACACAAUGUGAAAGAUGGAACAAAGCUGAUUUGUUUAACAAGUGUAUGUAGCCUAGUAAGGAAGACGGAGGCCGAAGGUCAAAGAAGCUAUUUGUUUUCUUCUUUUCUUCUAUAUUACAGGAGGUACAAUUGCUGGAAUAACCAGAUGCUUGAGAUUUGUUGUAGCC